AUGGACUGUAAACAUAUAUUUAUACAUAUAAAAGCACUCAUUAAAAUUGCUAUCAUAUUUCUCCUAUUUAUCUAUAUAUAUAUAUUACAUAUCUGUCUCCCUAUUGUACGUCAUAAAUCACAGGUGUUUGUACACAAUCCGAACAGCCGUUCCCUCAAUGCUGAUGGCCGGUGGGUAAUGAGCGCAUCUGUCAGCGAUAUUAACUACUUGAACAUCAACCAAACGGUCAAUGCGUUAGCCGCCGGAAAGUUGCGGCAAUCGAGGCCAACAUCGACUGUUGGCGGCAAUCAAAAAUCGGCCAACAAUAAGUCGAGAACCAGCUCUGCCAACAGUAGCACAGGUAGCACUAGUGGUGGUGGUGUUGGUGGCACCAACAGUGGCGGGGAUAAUGAUGUACUGGUGAUAGGAACUCCUACUUCUAUUAUGGUCUACGAUGUUAUAACUAAUAGUGAUUUAUUUUAUAAAGAGGUACCUGACGGUGCAAACGCUGUAAUCAUCGGCGAAGUGGGAACUAUACACAAACCGUUGGCUAUUGUUGGCGGCAAUUGUGCUCUACAGGGCUUCGACUACGAAGGAACUGACAGCUACUGGACAGUCACCGGUGACAACAUUACAUGUAUGGUACUGACAGAUCUGGAUGAGGACGGCCAAAAUGAGCUGUUAGUCGGUUCCGAUGAUCACGACAUACGUGUGUUCAAAGAAGACGCCAUAACCUACGAGUUGUCCGAAACCGAUACUAUUACCUCACUGUGUGCUAUAAGUCCGCACACGUUUGCCUACGCUCUGGCCAACGGAACGGUAGGCGUGUAUCACAAGAAGGAACGAUUGUGGCGCAUAAAGUCCAAAAAUCAGGCAAUCUGUUUGUUGAGUUUUGAUGUCAAUCAAGACGGCAAACCCGAAUUGGUUACCGGCUGGUCAAACGGUAAACUGGACGCCCGUAACAUUGAGAACGGAGAAGUCCUGUUUAGAGAUAACUUGUCGCACUCGAUUGCCGGCCUAUUGGUGGCCGACUAUAAUCUGGACGGUAUUGACGAACUGAUUGUUUGUACAGUUGAGGGCGAGAUCAGGGGGUAUGUAUCGGCUUCGCCACAGGAACGCCAAUCGGUGAUGGACGCUAACUUUGAACAGGACACUGUUAGGGAAAUGAUGAAAAAACGACAGAACCUGUUGAUGGAGCUCAGGAACUAUGAAGAGAAUAGCCGUAUUCAGCGUAUUGCCGAUCCGUUCAUAUCUAAAGCUAAGGCAACGAUGGAGAACGACCAGUUCGGUGCUAUACCGGCCAAUACACAGCUAAGAUCGGCACUGGUUAUCAGUCAAACAGACAAAUUGCCGUGUGUGGAGCUGACACUGGAGACAACAAACGAUACAAUCAUUAGGACAGUUGUAAUAUUUGCUGAGGGUAUCUUCAAAGGCGAAAGUCAAGUAAUACAUCCAGUCGACAGUCAGGUGCGCUCCGAGAUCAGUGUCGCCCUCCGACCGCCCAAAGAUUUGGCUAUUGAUCUGCACGUCAAAGCACUCGUUGGCUAUAAAUCCAGUUUUCAUUAUCAUGUAUUUGAGUUGACCAGACAUUUGCCGCGUUUCUCAAUGUAUGCCGUCACCAAAUUGACAGCAAAACCUCAAAGUCAUGUAUCAUUUGUUUUACCGGAAAAGUUAGUCCGAGUGACAACAUGGCUAAAUGCAAACUUUCUAUUGGUCGAAGAGUUUGAUUACGGCGAAACACUGGACAUAUCGUUUGUAUCGCUACGGGACGGUUCGCCACUGGCACUGGAAAUGGACGGUCGUACCGGUGAGCUUACUGUCCGAACCGAUAAUAUUGAAUUAGCCGGAGAUAUUGUACAGUCACUGGUUUAUGAAUAUCUUGGCAUUGAAGACAUGUCCUCAACGGCCAGUUUUCCAGUCGAAGUGGACAAACUCAAGAAGUUUGUCAAUCAAGUGGAAGAACUGCAGAAUGUUCGCCAGCGAUUGGCCGCCGAAAUUGCCGACAAUUCGGUGGCGAUCAGAGAACUAGUGGUUCGGGCCGAAGACGCCCGACUUAUUGGCGAAAUUAAACUCAUGAAAAACUUAUACAACGAUUUAAACACUUUUAACACGGAUUUGAUUACUGAAUACAAGAUCCGCUGUCAGAAUCAUCAGGAUUUGGUGGACAGUCUAAAACAGGUCAAUGUUUGCAUACAGAGAGCCGGCAAUCUGAGAGUUGGUAAACCCAAGUCCCAGUUGAUUAACUCGUGCCGUAACGCUAUUCAACAAAAUAAUUUAAAUCUAUUGUCUCGUAUUAUAAGCGAUGAUGAGUUUUAA